AUGAAUAGGAAGAAAAAUCUCCCACCAAGUCCUCCUAAUUCUCUUCCCAUCUUUGGCCACCUCCACCUCCUUGAGAAGCCCCUCCACCAAUCUCUGGCCCGUCUCUCUACCGAGCAUGGCCCUCUUCUCUUUCUUCGCUUCGGAAUCUACCCUAUCCUCGUUGUCUCGUCUGCCUCCCUUGCCGAAGAGUGUUUGACUACCAACGACCUCGCCCUUGCCGACCGCCCUCGAUUUCCUUCAAUUUCUGCCACUACAUAUAACUACACCAGCCUCCCGUUCGCCGCCUAUGGACCUGAAUGGCGAGAGAUGCGUCGAAUUGCCACCAUCGAAGCUCUUUCGAGUCAACACCUAGCCUUCUUUGUUGACGUUCGCACUGAUGAAGUUCGGGCCCUCGCCCGACACCUUUUUCGUAACUCAGGGAGGGUGGAGCUUAAGUCAAGCUUGUUCGGGCUGACAAUGAACAUCAUGAUGAAGAUUAUAGCAGGGAGGAGAUAUUAUGUGGAGGAUGAUGAGAAAAACAAAGAGGUAUAUAAGUUUAAGGAGGUGAUAGAGAAAAUCACACUUCUUUCUGGCGCGACCAACGUGGGAGAUUUCUUGCCAGCAACGAUCAGGUGGUUUGCAUGUGGAGGAGUGAAGAGGAAGAUGAAGAAGAUUAAUAAAAAUAUGAUUGAUGCUCUGCUCUCUUUGCAGGAGAAGCAUCCAAAGCAAUAUACUGAUGUUUUCAUUAAAGCACUAGUUUUGAGCUUACUAUCUGCAGGCACAGACACUUCUUCAAAUACAAUUGAAUGGUCAAUGUCUCUUUUAUUAAACAAUCCUGAUAUAUUAGAGAAGGCAAGACAAGAGAUAGAUGAGCAAGUUGGACAUGACCACCUCCUAGAUGAAUCUGAUCUCACCAAACUUCCAUACCUUAGUUGUAUUAUCAACGAAACAUUUAGAUUAUACCCGGUUGGAGCUCUCCUACCUCACGUAGCAAGAGAGGACUGUAAAAUCGGAAGCUAUGAUGUGGACCGAGGCACAAUGGUUUUAGUAAAUGUUUACAAGAUUCAUAGAGACCCCAUACUUUGGCCAGAACCUACUAAUUUUUUUCCCGAAAGGUUUCAAAACUUAAAAGUAGAAGGGGGAAUGUUAAUGCCAUUUGGCAUAGGGAGAAGAAGUUGCCCGGGAGAGGGGCUUGCGUUGAAAGAGAUUGGUUUGGUGUUAGGAACUUUGAUUCAGUGCUUUGAGUGGAAGAGGAUUGGACUAGAAAAGGUUGACAUGACACAAGGAUCAGGCCUCAGCAUGCCAAGAGCAAAUCGUCUUGAAGCUUUUUGCAAACCACACCAAUACAUGAUCGAUGUGCUAUCUAAAAUAUAA